GAUAACACCACCAACAACCUAGACUAGUAAAAUGAAUGUAAAUUGUGUAAUUAAUUUAUUUUGUUUAAUAUUUAUAACAAAUGUGGCGGCAAAUUAUUCAAAUAAACUAUUUUCAAAAUCGGAAAGAGAUCCAAGAAUUGUGGGCGGCCAAGCAAUCUCAAUACAGGAGGCACCUUGGCAGGUUUCAGUACGCCUUAUAGCCUUAGAAGAACAAAUGUAUGGUUCCGGACACAUAUGUGGUGGUUCCGUCAUCUCACAACGUGUUGUGGUCACGGCUGCACAUUGUAUUGCCAACGAACAAUACACACCGAUAGUUUAUCGUACAGCUAGUGAAUUUACUUUGGUCAUGGGUACAGCCUAUUUGACUACAACCACUUAUUACACACUACAAUACGACGUCUUACAAAUAAUUGUCAAUGCCAAUUUCGAUAUCAAUACAUUAGUUAACGAUGUGGCUCUAUUCCUAAUUAAUGGUUAUAUACAAUGGAAUUGGCCCACAGUAACGUCCAUACCUUUGAAUACAGUACCAGUACCAAGUGGUACAAUAUGCACGGUUUCUGGUUGGGGAUCAACCGGCUAUAGUUACAUAUCUGAUACCCUAAUGGAAGCCACUGUACCCAUUGUUGGUUAUGACACAUGUAAUACGAAUUAUGGCAAUAUUUCGGCGGGCAUGUUAUGUGCUGGUUAUAUGCAGACGGGAGGAGUUGAUGCUUGCCAAGGUGAUUCUGGCGGUCCUUUAGUUUGCAAUGGAGUCUUAGUUGGUAUUGUUUCCUGGGGUCAAGGAUGUGCUCAACCUGGUUAUCCGGGUGUCUAUACGAAUGUUUCGUACUAUAAUAAUUGGAUUGUUACAAAUAAUAAUUCAUUUAAUUAUAGUUAUUAUUAUUAUUAUAUUGACGAUGAUAACGCAAAUAAAUUAUUUUCAAAAUCGGAAAGAGAUCCAAGAAUUGUGGGCGGACAGGUAAUCUCAAUACAGGAGGCACCUUGGCAGGUUUCAGUACGCCUUACAGCUUUAGAAAAACAAAGAUAUGGUUCGGGACACAUAUGUGGUGGUUCCGUCAUCUCACAACGUGUUGUGGUCACGGCUGCACAAUGUAUUGCCAACGAACAAUACACACCUUUAAUUUAUCGUACAGCCAGUGAAUUCACUUUGGUCAUGGGUUCAGCAUAUUUGACUACAACCACUAAUAACACACUUCAUUACGAAGUCUUACAAAUAAUUGUCAAUGCCAAUUUCGAUAUCAAUACAUUAGUUAACGAUGUGGCUCUAUUUCUAAUUAAUGGCUAUAUAUCAUGGAAUUGGCCCACAGUAAUGGCCAUACCUUUGAAUACAGUACCAGAGCUAAGUGGUACAAUAUGCACGGUUUCUGGUUGGGGAGCAACGAGCUAUAAUUACUUAUCUGAUGACCUAUUGGAAGCAACUGUACCCAUUGUUGGUUAUGACACGUGUAAUACGAAUUAUGGCAAUAUUUCUGUGAGCAUGUUAUGUGCUGGUUUCAUGCAGACGGGAGAUUUUGAUGCCUGUCAGGGUGAUUCUGGUGGUCCUUUAGUUUGUAAUGGUGUCUUAGUUGGUAUUGUUUCCUGGGGUCAAGGAUGUGGUCAGCCUGGUUAUCCUGGUGUCUAUACGAAUGUUUCGUACUAUAAUAAUUGGAUUGUUACAAAUAAUAAUUCAUUUAAUUAUAGUUAUUAUUAUUAUAUUGACGAUGAUAACGUGGCUGGCACUUCAAAAAUACCUAUAGAUUUUUUAAAAUCUGUCAAGCCUGAAGAUCCCAGAAUUAUAAAUGGCACUGAGGCAAGUUUGAAUGCGACUAGACAUCAGGUGUCUAUAAGAAGACGUUUAAAUGAUGGCUAUUUCUUUGGCACUGGUCAUAUAUGCGGUGGUGCUUUGAUUUCCGAUAAUGUGGUUUUAAGUGCAGCUCAUUGUUUUGUAGACUACAACACUCUUGCCGAACCCAAUGGCACCUUUUUACCCGACGAAGAUUUCAUCGUGGUCAUGGGAAAUCUCGAUCGAUUUGAGUAUAACAACAAUACGCUGGUAUUUGAUAUAAUAAAAGUGGUGAAACGUGUCUCUAUAUUCAAUUUAAAUACAUUUGAUGAUGAUAUAGUCCUAAUAAUAUUAAAUGGCACAGUGCCAGCUAGACAUCCCACCAUUAGGCCAAUAAUUCUCAAUGAUGCAGCUUUGGCGAAUGGUACCAUAUGUCAGGCCACUGGUUGGGGUAAUACCGAAGAUGGUUAUCCUCCAGAUUUCCUAAGGACUGUCGAUUUGCCCAUUAUAGAUUUCAAUGAUUGUCGUAGAAAAACCGAAUAUGGCUCCUCAAUUCAUCAGGGCAUGAUAUGUGCUGGCUAUUUGGAGGGUGAACGUGAUGCCUGUCAAGGUGAUUCGGGAGGACCUUUAGUUUGUCUGGGCCGUCAAGCUGGUAUUAUCUCAUGGGGUUCGGGUUGUGCUAAACCUAAAAAUCCUGGUGUUUAUACUGAGGUGUCUUAUCAUAAGAAUUGGAUAUUAAAUGAAACAGCUUACUACAAUGCCACUUUGCCAAAAUUCGCUCCCGGUGGCAAUGGUGUUACUAGUAUGAGUUGUUCGGUAUUUUUAGUUAGUUUAAUGUUGGUAUUUAAUUUUGUUUAUAGUCAAUUGAAAUAAGUAAAUAAAUCUGUUUAAAUUGUA